ACACCACUAGGCUUACUAGUGUUUUUCUAAUUAAUCGACCCGACACUAAAACCCACCCAAAAAAACCGGGUUAGGGUUUUCUCGCCGGAUGUCGAGCUCCACCACCUGAGCUCCGCCACCUCAUCUCAUCUGAUUUUGGAGCUCCUCCGCUAAAUCCGUCACAGGUGAUACACACCACCAACAGGUUACCACUUAUGACUUAUGCUACUGAGCUAGGCAUUCCAUAACUUCAGUUCUGUAUGCAUCAACAUCCUAUUCGAACUGAAAUCUGAUAUCUGCUGUCCAACAUACUAGAUUGAGGGCGGACGAAUCUCUUUGAAAAUCGAUCCACUGCUUUAUUUUAAUUAUUUCCUUAUUUGGGUUUUCAAAGUGAUUCCACCUUUUCUACUUUCAAAGAUUGUUCUACUACUGGAGUGACUAUAUAAACAUAUCACAACUACCGUCCGCCGACAACAUGACGUCAUCAUCUCCACCACCAGAACCAUGGGGAACAUGGGAUGAGCUAUUAUUAGCUUAUGCCGUCAACCGUUACGGUACCAAAAACUGGGACUCCAUUUCAUCCGAGUUACGAAAACGGACACCCGACCCGACCCAUAUCACUCCUCUUCAUUGUCAACAAAAAUACUCUGAACUCAAUCGCCGGUUUAAUCAUACAAACCAAAAUGACGUCGUUCUGGAUGAUGAUGAUAAUAAUAAUAAUGAUGUCAUUGAUGAAGUUUCUAUUGAUAAUAAUAAUGAUAAUAAUAUCCCUUGGCUUAAGGAUCUGAGAAGACAACGUGUUUUAGAACUGCAAACUCAACUCCAAAAUUACGAUCUUUAUAUCUCGAAGUUGCAAUCAAAAGUGAAGAAGCUAAAGGAAGAACAUGAAAAAUCGUUGGAUUUAGAUAACGAAAAUGAACCGGAAAAACCAGAAAAAGAAGAUGAAAAAGUUAUGGUGAAGUUUCCGGCGACGGAGAGGGUGGUUUCAGGCGAAGGAGAACGUUCCGACGAGGACGAGACAGUUUCUGACAGGGAUAACCAAUCAGUGAACGGAUCAAAUGGGAAUGUGAAUAUGGAAACGGAAGGAAAAUUGGAAAAUGGGAAGGAACCAGGUCCCGGGGAAGAGAAAGGUGGACCGGUGGAAGUUGAAACGGUGAAGAGUGAACCGGGUGAGGGGGAAAGAACUGCGGGGGAAAAGGAAAAUGUGGGAAUGAAGGAGAAUUCAGAUGUACAAAGCUCGGCUAGCAAGUCGAAAAAAGAAGAGAGAGGAGGCGAUAGGAUACGGCGAGGGUCCGCUGUAAGUAAAGAUGAAGAUCGAGACGAAGAUGAAGAAGAUGAUCAAUCGACGGAUAGUAUUCCUGUUAGAUCUUUGCCUUUGGUGGAUUUCUUGGCUCGGCUUCAUAAAGUUGGCUCGGCUUUGUUUGAUCGCCCUCGGCUUGAUCGGCAGGAAAAACAAAGAUACAAGAACUUGAUUAGGCAACACAUUGAUUACGAGAUACUACAAGCCAGACUAAAAGAAGGCUGGUAUUCUGAUGGCAACGAUAAGUUCUUUAGAGAUCUUCUCCUCUUUGUUAACAACACUCGUGUAUUCUUCCCUAAAGAAUCCCAAGAAUCGACUGCUGCUAUGGACCUUCGACAACUUAUUCUAAAGGAAAUGAUGUCCAAGAGGAAACUAAAAACGGAAUCAAAAUUGAUGGAUAAACAAACCUCGUUAAAACUUGCAAACUUACCCUCAAAACGAGCUUCUGAACCACCUGAUUCAUUGCUUCACAAACCCAUUUUAGCUGUCCCGAUGGUAGUUUGUAGAAAAAGAAGCUCGAUAACAGCUAAAGCUGCAGCAUCUUCGUCUGGACUUGAUAAGAGAAAAGAACAACCGGAUUUAAAGAGUUCUGAAAAGUUAGAUGAGGAGAAGCGAGAGACACCAAAGAGAUCAAGUGAUUCUUUUUCUUUGAUCACUAAGAAAAAGGGGAAGAGCAUUGAAAAGAAUCCUGGUAAUGAGACUUCAAACACCAAGACUGACAAAAAGAAGCUAACAGAAGCAGAAGAGAAGAAGCAAAGCGCAGCCAAGUUUUUGAACCGAAUGAAACGGUCCAACAAUGAGCCAUUGUUGAAUACAUUGAGAAGCACAUCGGAAAGUGGGGGGAAUCCAGAAAACGACGGUAAAGGGGGAGGAGAGCAUAAAAGAAGUGGAAACAAGGGUGGUGGUGAAGGGAAGAAAGACCAGGCGUCGAAGAAGAGCUCUGGGGGACGCCAACGUAAAGAUAGCCCUGCAAAAAGGAACGUCGGCCGGCCACCAAAGAGAGUGGCCGCACGGUCUCCCUUGUCGGGUACUUUAGGAAAACGAAACCGGGAGUUGGGGGAUUCAGAGACAUUGGUUACUAAACAAACCAAGAAAAGAUCAAAGAGGUGAAAUGGUAAUGUAGUUGACGUUAGUGUAUGUUCUCAGAUAUCAUUAAACUAAUUAGUCUAACCCUGUUGCUCCAUCAUUUUAUCAUUUUGUUCUACAUUUGACAUGUUAACAUGUUUUUGUAGUUGAUUUGCCUUA